CACUCCUGGGACUGUCUGUGGCCUCUAUGGGAUACACCUCUCACGUGUCCCAAAGGGUAGCAAGAGCAAAGUCAGCCCUCGCCAGGUUGUACCGCUUUAGGGACUUGGCCACUGGUCUUAAACUCCAUCUAGUAAAAGCUCUAGUUCUACCUAUUCUCUCUUAUCCUCCUGUUCCUCUGCAUGCACUCUCCAGAACAGCUAUCAGCAGAUUGCAGAAAGUGCAGAACAGCGCCCUGAGGUUCGCCUUCGGUACCAGAUGGGACGACUUCACCACCUCGGCAUCGCUUCACGAGGCCGCGUCCCUCCCAGCCCUCAACGUCAGACUCCAUGAGAUGGCCACCAAGGUUUGGGAACGAAUGGAGGACGAGGGUUGGGACCAGUACCGUGAACUACAGGCCCUGCACGAGGAGACUCCAGACAGGCAGCACGCUUGGUUCCCGAGAAGUCUCCUACAGUUGCAAGAAGGACAACCAGAGCCAAGAUACAGAAACUUCAUCCCGGCUUCUUCCUGCCACCAUUCGACCUGCGAACUGCGAAAUGCGAUGCUGACUGGGAGAGGGCCUGCAACCUAUCGAGAGACGAGAGACGAAGACCAGGGAGAUGACGGUGCAGCGGAUCAGCGAAGACAAGGCACCUCGGGGACCUGCCAGGACUGAUGACAUCUCCAGAUGACACCGACGGCAGCCCCAGUGCCGGUUCCUUCGGUGUAGCUCCCCCCUCACGCCCUACGCCCUGAGUUGCUGGGACACUGGCCUACGUUCCAGCAAGGGGUACCUGACCUCCGGGAUGCUUGCAAAACUCCCGGCAGUGGGGCUGAGAUCCAGGGACGCACAGAUGAGGGAUAGUGCCGGGACGGACGUCGUGCCGACGUCACCCACGGCUGCCCUACGAACCACGUCUUCGCCAUCGGCCGCCGACUGUGACCAUACCUUGCCAGCCGCAUGGCUGCAGGGUUUACCGAUUGCGACCACUAACAGAUA